UUGACCCAACCUCUAGCCAACGAAGGAAAGACCAUAGAGAUUGACAUCUCUAGGGCCCGCGGAGACAAAGACGACUUGAACAAGGUAAAAGGCAAAUGGAUUAAGGCUCUUCAAGAGAAUCCGAACACCGAGGACGUCGAGGUCGAAUUCCUCCGUGAGAUCUACACUAACAAAGUGGAACUCUGUCUGGCCACAGUCGAGCAAGCCCAGCGCACACGCGACAAUCCUAGAUGGAUUGAGAGAGCGAUGCCAGGAGCCCGCAUUCGCGGCGAGACCUGGUACCCAAUCAAGGUUGACGGCAUUUCGAAGAGUGUUGUACUCGACCCGGCCGGAGGACCGAAGACCCUAAAGCCAGAAAUUGUAGCCAACUUCGCGACCGACAAUAGUAAGGACAACAUCGACUGUACAGCUAUGAAGGCUGUCUGGAUCAGUAGACCAUCAGACAAGGUUAACGGGUCGAUGAUUGCAGCCGCCUAUCUGCUGAGGAAGAUGACCGUCAUCUUUGGACCCACAGCUGGAUUCGCGGCCCCGUAUGAGGCAAAGGAGAACAACGACCCGUGCUUCAACUGUAACAGCUACGGCCAUUACCAGUUCAGAUGCACCAAACCCGCCAAAUGCGGCCACUGCUCAGGGAACCACCAGAGCAGGGACUGUAUGGACAAAGGUAACCCUAAGUGUCCGGCGUGUAACGGACCCCAUUCUAUUAUGGAUAGGAGAUGCGUCGCCAACCCGAGACACAAGGAGGCAAGACAACAAGCACCUGAUACGAGACCACAGGCGACUCAUGGGUGGACGACGAUUACACCGAAAACAUACAAUCAGGAGGCGAGCUCGGUGCGAUUCUCGUUCCGUGCAGCGAUCUGGGUGUCAGACAGAAUCAAGCACCAGGAAGUUGAGACCACAUCGUCAGACGUAGCAGCGGUGACGUUACAAGUGGAAAGUGCUUUGCUAUUGCUCAUAUCGAUCUACGUCCCAUACAAGAGACCACAGGAAGAGAUCGACCUACAGGAGCGUAUA